GCGGGAGGUAUAAGCCUGAUGGGUUUACACUGCUUUUCAGAGACUUUUGGAAUCGACGCAUCUCUCCUCUGAAACUUGUUUUUCUUCGAGAAAAAAAGGAAAUAUUAACUGGGUUAUUUUUUUCCCCCGCUUGCGUUUGUUUUCGUCUCUAGAAGCUGCGAGGAGCUACAAAAUCAGCGGGGGGACAUUUUAUUUUUUAUUUUUUCCUAAUCUUCGCGGAUUUUUAACGGAUCACCAUGCCUCUGUCAUUUAUGGUAAGAAGCAAAAAGUUCACUUCCUACAGGCCAAAAAAUUUCGAUGAAGAUGACUCGGAGGCCUCCGCAACAUCUGAAAUCCCACCAGCCGUUCAGACCACAGACAUUUUAGACAGGCCUAAGUCAGAGAGGCAAUCUUCCCCUGAAGACGCCCGCUUACUUACUAAGGAGGAACCGGAGCUUGAAUGUCCCUUACCGCUUCACCCAGAGCCAAGCAGACCUCUCAUGACUCAGACACAGCCGUACUACCUGCCAGAGCCUCACUUGGCUGACUUCCAACCUUAUGGCUCACAGUCGCCUUAUGCCUGGGAGACGUUGUCUCCUUCCUACAAGCUUCGUCAGAUGAGCUUCAGCCCCACAGUGCUGCAGCACGCCAGUAACCUGUACAGCACCAACAUCAACCGUAGUCCUCAGCCUCAGCAGCCGCUAGACUGCAGCACUCACUACUCGCCUUCUUCGAACACCUAUCACUGUAUCACCUGUGACAAGGUAUUUUCAACUUCCCAUGGACUGGAGGUUCAUGUCAGAAGGUCUCACAGUGGAAUGAGGCCGUUUGGCUGCAGCAUCUGCAGAAAAACGUUUGGUCAUGCUGUCAGCCUGGAGCAGCACAUGAACGUCCACUCUCAGGAAAAAAGUUUCGAGUGCAAGAUGUGCGGCAAAUCCUUCAAGCGUUCAUCCACGCUCUCGACACACCUGCUUAUCCACUCCGACACCAGGCCUUACCCCUGCCAGUACUGUGGCAAGAGAUUUCAUCAGAAAUCUGAUAUGAAAAAGCACACCUACAUACACACUGGUGAAAAACCUCACAAAUGCCAAGUUUGUGGCAAAGCUUUCAGCCAAAGCUCCAACCUGAUCACACACAGCCGGAAACACACAGGAUUUAAGCCCUUCGGGUGUGACAUUUGUUCAAAGGGCUUCCAACGCAAGGUUGAUCUGCGCAGGCACCACGAGAGCCAGCAUGGCAUAAACUGAAGAGGAAGUAUUUUCUUUCUUCUUCUUGUUGUUUUUUAACCUGUGUGAUAAAUAAUAUUUAACAAUAAGCUGACACUGGGGGAAGCUGUAGCUCAACUGGUAGAGCAUUUUGUUAACAUAUCACAAGGUUGAGGGCUCAGCCCUUGACCCCUUCAAAUGCUGAGGUGUCCUUGAGGAAGAUCCUCUUGGCCUACAAGCACCUUGCACGGCAGCUGUGUGUGACUGUGAAUGGGCACAUGAGAAACACAUUAUGAAGUGCUUAGUAGAACCCAGUUAAUGUUAAAAGGCAAUAUAUAAGUUACAUUGAAAGAAAUCUUUCAAGAUAUGAAUGAAUGUUUAUUCUGAUGCACUUUUCAUUGUGUUGUUGCAGUGUUGUACAUGUCCAAUAAAUAUUGAAGCGAUCUUAAA